GUGAUACCUGCGUACUAUCUGUUCUAUUACCCUCCUUAUCUCUACCAGAUGCCUCCUCAUCUGUGGCGCCCCAUCACGGGCUUCCUCAUUGCCUUUGAAAAUUUCCCAAUGAGGCUGCUCUUUGACGCCUAUCAUCUGUACCGCUACUGCGUGCAGCUGGAGACCGGGAACCCUCGCUUCCCUCGCAAGGUUGACCUGAUUUGGUACAUUCUCCUUGUCUGCUCCUGGAUUCUGAUGAUGGAUUACCUCUUCGGCUUCAACCAUCUUGAGCUCCUGUCCGGCCUCAUCCUCGCCAUGGUGUAUACUGCGACCCAGGACCAACGCGGUCAAAAGGCUCAGUUCUUUUUCUUCACCAUCCCCGCCCAAGCGAUGCCCCUCUGCAUGAUUGCUUUCAGUAUUCUCACGCCAGGAGGAAGACCCUUGAUCGAGAUUGAGGGUCUGCUUGCUGCCCACAUGUACGACUUCCUCACCAGGAUCUAUCCCGAGUUUGGCGGCGGUCCAGUGCUUCUUCGAGUACCUGCCUGGCUGGAAUCCAUCGUCCGGACGCCUAGAAUCACAAAGAGAACGUAUGGCACGGCUGUUCGCCCUUCGGGUCCUUCCACUGGUAGCAGCACCGGCGCAGAGACGGGAGGGCCCCUCCCGGACUCUUGGAAGUCUCGUGGAAGAGGUCACCGACUGGGUUGAGGUAUGGUUGUCAUGGUGGUCACUGUAAGAUUUGUACAAUAAGAUACCUAGAAUCAAGUAUGGUCGUUACC